UCGAAGUUCCCACACUGCACUGCGGUAUUGUUGUUUGCGUUAAACAUGGCGUCGGUGAGCUGUCCGUUACAGAGAACCUUGUCCCGCCCAGCCACCAGCUCGUCCCAACCCAACACCACCCCGGUACUCUGUCGGGAGCGGUUAUGGGUGUUAUCGGUGCAGCGUUACGGGAGAGACCCAGGUUUCAGUCUGUAUUUCCCGCAGAACAUCAGCUCCUCAGACAGCCUCUACGACGCUACUCUGACAGAUGGGGACUGCAGGCUGCGUGUGACCCUUGACCCCAGCCUCAACCGUCUGGUGGAGAGGAACGUGUUCCGGUGUGGCUCUCAGCUACGACAUGUUACCUUUUCACCCGGGGAGUCUGUAGAGGAGGAGGGGGGAGGAGGGAGGACUUACAGGCUGGUGAGUGUGGAGGUGGCUGGGGACGAAGGGGGGAUGGAGGGGCUGACUCCCGGGGUGGAGGUGGAGAGACUGCCAUGGUACGGAGCCCAACCAGACCCAGAGAGAGACCCAGGAUCCCAUCCAGCAGACCCAGCCCUAAUCCCAGACCCAGUCCACCUAGAGAGGGCCCAGGCCCCCAGCUUGCUGCCCCUCAGGGCCAGGAGAAGCUGCUAUCUGCCCCUCUGGAACAACCAGGACUACAGUGGACCAGCCUGGAGGGAGACCCCCAACUCAGAGGACUCAGAGGACUCGGACCAAGGCGAAGAGGGUAUGUGUGUGUGUUGUCUCUCUCCAGGUGUUCGGGCUACAGUGACGCUAGCUGAACUGCAGGAGGACUUCCUGUCCCGUAAGGGCGGUGCCACAGUGAGGAGGGGUGUGGCCAGGGGUCUGCUGGUGGUGCGAGUUCUAAACAAGUCCAGAGUGAUGUAUUAUGGGAAAUCCGACAGCAAUUGUGAAUGCCCUUAUAAGGCGGUGUUGGAGGUGUGUGAUGUGUCGGGGUGUGUGUGUGUGUGUGUGUUGUGGAACAGUGUGUGUGUGUCGUGGUAUGGCAGACUGAGACCAGGUCAGGUAUUGAGAACGAGAGGCUUCAGAGUCAAGGAGAGCUACGACAAGAGAGACCACCAACAUAUAGAGAUCAGUCUAAACUCCAGGAACCCGUCAGCUGAGAUCUCUAUCGUCCCAGAAUUCUCUCUGUCUGCUGACGUCCGUUUGCUACGUCCCUCCUACUCCUUCUGCAAUGGGAAGGAUCUCCUCAGCUGUCCCCACGGCAACAUCUGUGAUGUCAUCGGCCUGGUGGUGUUCUCUGGCCGGCCUGAAAGAAUCAGGAGCAAGGAUGGACAGGGUGCAGAGCUGUUGGAGUAUCGGUGGCUCCGAUUGGACGACGGGACUUCUGAUCAACCAAUCAUGAUAAAGCUCUUCUCAACGUCUCAACCAGAGACACACAACCAGAUACUCCCACUAUCCGUAGUGGUGUGUACCAGACUCCAGAUGGUUGGAGAUUCAUCCUGCUGUUACCUCACCAACACUACCUACACACAGAUCUACUGCACAGGUUCUGGCCACCACUCAGUGAUGCCCUACAGGAAGCUCCACCCAGUGCGUCAGUUUGUCCGAUGGCUGCGGAGCGUGGAUGACAGACAGGUGCUGAGCAGGGCUGUGGUUGGUGGAUACUUCAUCUACCCGCCCCCUCCUGUCUCCCUGGAAGCCUACAUGAAGAACAGAAAAGGUGAACUAGGCCUGCUGAGAGGGGCGGAGCUAAAGUGGGAGGUGGAGCGACUUCAGUACAGAGAGAGACGUAGCUUCUGUAUCCAAGCAACCAUCACCAUGGUUACUCACUGCCAUAGAGGAAAGGAAGACCAGUGUCUCGUGUGGACAGACAGACCUGCUGCUUUCUCUCCUCGUAUAUAUCCCUCCUCUCCUCGUAUCUCUCCCUCCUCUCCUCGUAUCUCUCCCUCCUCUCCUCGUAUCUCUCCCUCCUCUCCUCGUAUCUCUCCCUCCUCUCCUCGUAUCUCUCCCUCCUCCCCUCGUGUCUCUCCCUCCUCUCCUCGUAUCUCUCCCUCCUCUCCUCGUAUGUCUCCCUCCUCCCCUCGUAUGUCUCCCUCCUCCCCUCGUAUGUCUCCCUCCUCCCCUCGUAUCUCUCCCUCCUCUCCUCGUAUGUCUCCCUCCUCCCCUCGUCUUCCUCCCUCCUCUCCAGGCUCGUCGGUCAAAUUGAGUCCCAGCCUUCUGAUGCUGAGAGCAGGGUUAGGACUCGGCAAAGGUAAAUCCCCAAAGAGAAAACCUUUCAGCAGUGCUGGACCCCCCAGGAAGAGACUGACUCUAGGGACCCAUCCAGAGGAGGAGACCGACACAGGACCAGAGGGCAGUCUGUGGGAAGCUUCCAUGGAGUUCCUGGAGACCAACUAUGAUGAAGAUGAGGAUGAUGAUGAUCAGGCCUUCCUCACGGCCCCAUCCUCUCCUGUCUCGUUGUUGGGUGGGUGUCGGCUGGGCCUGGCUCGCGUUGCCAUGGAGACAGUGCCCCUACAGUACUGCCCGGCGUCCAGGGAGGAACAGGCGGUUGCCGUGGAGAUGCAGACAGGAGAGUUCCAGAACCUUCAGUGUUGUAGAAGUCUCGAGAACUACAGCCCUACAGUGAGCUACACCCAGACUGGACACUACACACUCACACUCAGAGCUUUAUCUGACGGGGUGGUGGUCGAUGCAGUGUUCCUACCUGGUAGCUCUGCCACCAGCGCCCCUACAGGCCCCUCCCCUCCACAUGGCCCCUCCCACUCCGACCACUGGUUCACCAUCCUGACACACGGAGGCUUUUCACCACACACACCUCCACCUGCACCAGCGGAUCUGAUCGCAACGGCCUCCCAGCUGGCCAAUCAGAGGCUGGUGUGUGUUCUGGAGUUGUGUCUUCUGGGAGGAGACAGAUUGGAGGUGGUCCUGAGUAGAGCCUUCCCUCUGAGAGACUGACCUCUUCAUCAUGUGUCAUAUUCAAGUCUAAUCUACUGUAUGUGGGAGUCAACUAAAUGUUUGGCAUUAUAUGAUCUUAGCGAAUCACACGAUUGUAAGGUGUGGCUCCGAAUCAAGAAACGUGCAGAGUGGGAGAUGAUUGGUUAAAGAAAAGCCAAUGCAAAGCC